UCUAAGAUCACAUUCAUCUGAAUGAUAAAGUUACAUUCUAGAUCAAGGUAUCAAAUAAUUUCCAGUUACAUUUUGAUACAGGUCAAAUGAGAGCCAAUUCUCUUGAGAUGACUUCCGUUUCUUUGAUAACAUUUCAGCCCUCCUCGACAACAGAAAGGUCAGGAAUGAAUAAGGCGUGCGGGCAGAUGUUGGCAGCUGCUCAGGUAACUGGAUCCUUUACAGGCAGAGCUUCCUCUUGCGUACAUCAGUGUGCAGUGAACGUCCCACAGAUGGUGAGGUAAUAUCAGCGCCACAAACAGAGACACAUUUGCAGCAGUUUCCCGGCUUCCAGAGCGAGUCUGUGCUGGACGGAAUCUACCAUCAUGAGGCCGACAGAAUGACUCCGCAGCAGCCAGGAUAUCACACGCCUAAUAGCAAGCACGGGACCCACAGUCAUCAGAGGAAAUGUUCAGACUUGCCUACAUCUUCUCCUACAACCUGCUGCAGUUCUGUGGACACACAUGGAUCCUGGCCAACACGGUCGCCAGGUUCCUCUCCUUCGGCCGCGAUGCUUUGGCCGACAUGUUCUACUCAGUUGGACUCGUCACAAGUCUGUGUCAGCUGAUGUCUUUCCUGGAGCUCUUCCACAUCGCAGACGGGAUCGAGAAGGCCAAACUGCUUCCACGGUUCAUCCAAGUUGCUGAGCGGAACUUGAUCAUGUUCACACUUGUCACGUUAGAGGAGGUCCAGAGUAAACCAGCGGUGUGUGUGCUGCUCUUCUUGUGGAACAUUUUGGACCUGCUCCGGUACCCUCACGAGCUGGUGUGUGUGAUGGACAAGCCCUCGCCCGUGAUGCUGUGGGCACGCUACACCCUGUGGAUCCCCAUCUACAUCCUCUCAGCAGCAUCAGAAGGUUUCACUAUCUACCACGUCCUCCUAGAUUUGUGGGCACCAGAGUCUGACUCGCCAACAGCCAUCGCCAGAUCAUCAUCAUCAUCAUCAUCAUCAUCAUCAUCAUCAUCAUCCUUGCAAUUCCUUCUUAUCCUCGCCGCCUGUCUGACCAUCCUCACACUGGGGGUCAGUGUGACAGUGAGGCAGCUGCUGCAGGAGAGACAACAGCAGCUAGACCGACCGAACAAGAAGAAGAAGAAAUAGCCGAUGUUCCAGCCGCCACUCUACCAGCCGUACGCUCUGGUCCAGAUGGUUUUCUUCUUGAACUCGGAGGACGACCUCAGUGUGGACAAGGUCGCUGAGAGAAGAAGGCCAGACGUGAAGUCAGAGGAGGUUCAUAUCAACAGACAUGGAGUCCACCUUGUUUUUAACCCGCUGAAUAAACUUGGUAUUGUCACUGUGGAUGCAUUUGACCUUU